AUGACGAUAGUUUUAGCCUUCAUCCUGGAGUUGUUUUUGUUCCGUAUUCAAUACAGAAGAAAACUCAAACUGGAGGACAUAGAUGACCAUGCUAAGCAGACAGUACAUGUGUACAUCAGUGAUGAAGAAAAGAUGAUGUGUGAGAACCCAGACUACAAAUGGACCGGUCGAUACAUAGCUCUACAGAGAGAUUCCACAGAACUACAGACCCCCUACAUGUACAAGGGAGAGAGACACAGGAACAAAGAAGAUUUCAGUCUCAGAAUGUAUGGGGAUGAGGUCAAGAGUUGGUUGGAGGAGGAGCAGGAGAGUCGGGAGCAGACCAUUCACACAAUGACAGAACUCCGGAGGCGGAGUCGACCUAACGCUGACCUCGAGGACCUGGACGAGGACGUCAUUCCCAGCUCCUCCUUCUCCAUCCCUGUAGCUGACAAUGUCCAAGAGGCGGGGCUACUGACCUAAAGGGGCAGGGCCACUAUCCUAAAGGGGUGGAUUCACAAACCUAAAAGAGAGGGGGCCAAAACCAUAAUGGGGCGGGGCCACAACUUUAGAUGAUUUUUAGGAGAGAAAUGAUUUCAAUGACAUUGAUAUGGGUUGCGUCACAUAGUGGUCUCUGAUCUACUUUGGAUAUUUGAUGUUUAUUUAUUGAAGUUAAACCAAAGGCAAAGGUGCUCUACUGUCCCAGGAUGGGGACAGUUUUAUUCAUCUUUUUUUUUCUGUGAUCAAGUUCAAAUUGUGCCAAAAAGUCUUUAACAUUUCAUUUAACGCUGCCUCCUUAUGUUUCAUAUUCAGGAGGUAUUUUAGUUUGAGUGUGUAAGUAUUGAAUGCUUUGUAUUGAUCAAGAGAGAGAAGUUUUCUCAUAUUGAGAGGAAUAAGUUUGUGUCUGAGAAAAGAAAAAUCCAUGCCUCGUGUAAUUACAGUAGUAAAUCCUAUUUAAAGCCUGUGUUUUUGAGCAACCUAUGAACGGAAAUUAUAAAAUAGUCAAAUUUGAUACUAUUAGGGGACGACCAUUUGAUUCUGAGGGGAGGGGGGGCAGAUGUUGGAAAUAAUUCAUCUGCCCUCCAAAAUGUUGAAAAUAAAUAAUCUGUCCUCAACUGGAGUGGAAAUAAAUAAUCUGUCCCUGACUUCGAUGUUUUCACUUUUUUGCUUGUCAUACUCUUUUAGUGAAGAACAAAAUAAAAAAUCUGUCCUUGAUCCUUCAGCGACAUGAAAAUAAAUAAUGUAAAUAAUGUGACUUUAAAACACCCCCUAUCAGAAUAAAGAUGGUCAUCUCUAUAGGUGGUCAAUACAAGCAGGGAAUCCG